CCUGUUGAUGAACCUUGAUAAAUGCAGUCUGGCGAGAUUGCACAUUUCACUUUUGUAUGCGGGGUUGCACUCCAGAGGGCUGAUUUUUUGCCCUUUUGGCAUUAAUUUUUGGGAGGCGCAAUCGCGGGCUGAACCAGGCUUGUUGCAACUUUCUGGCCUCGACGUCCUUUGCUCACAACUCUUCUGUUUUGUUUUGUGCUUUCCUUUGAGUCCAACUUGCUGACAAGAAUCGAUCAUAACGGCAGGUACCACCAUCUUUGGGCUUCCUGCUAUUGCAUAGCCCACUGCGCAAAAAUGAGAUAGACAAGGAUUUCAGAAAGAACUUCGCUCCAAGCUUUCCUUGGUUGUUUCGUUUCCUUAUCGAGCAAAAUGACUUCAGCACCUCCAGUAAUCACAACCAGUGGCUCCCAGCCAAUUCCUGCAACUUCAAUAGAGGCGAAACUGGUUGUACUGGGUGCGCAGGGGGUGGGAAAGACCUCGCUUGUUUCUAGAUUCAUCAAUCCAACCGCGCAGCUGUCCAAGAAUACCCAGUCUACCAUUGGCGCGUCCUUUGUCACCAAACGCAUCACCGACCCAGACACAUCCACUACCGUCCGUUUGCAGAUAUGGGAUACUGCAGGACAAGAGAGGUUUCGGAGCAUAUCUCGACUCUACUAUCGAGGUGCUAAUGCUGGUCUCUUAUGCUACGACAUCACGAAUGAGCAGAGUUGGGAAGAAAUGAAGACAUGGCUCGCAGAAAUGAAAGAGAAUUGUGAUGAUGGAGAGGCAAUGCCCAUAAUACAUGUGGUCGGGACUAAAAGCGACAUUGUUGCAGACGACCCUUCACGCCGCGAAGUGACCUUUGAGAGGACAAUUGCAUAUGUGGCCGAGCAACUCGGUGGGGUGGUGGCCCAGAGUACUUCGUCCACUCCACCGUUGAUGAUGAAGUCCGGCAAUGUCGUUAUUCACAGCCCAGACUCGAAGAGAAGUUCCGGGUUCUGGAACCAGGAUAUUGGCUGGGACAGCUGUCAUGAAGUGAAUGCCAAGGAUGGCGAAGGUGUCGAAGAGGUCUUUCGGGUUAUCGCCCGAAAGUUGAUCGAGCAGAAGCACCAGACCGACGCUGCAGAGUUCGCACGGGUGCAGCAAACCCCCGGAUAUCGGAGCGAAUAUGGAGACGACUAUUUCGUAGGCAACCAUGCCAACUCUGGAAGCUUCAGAGUCGGCUACGGUGACAAACGCCGCAGCUGGCUGGGUUUACCUAGUGUAGGCCUGGGAAUAGGGGAAUCUGACAGCGCUGCGCCGGGCUAUGGCACUCGUGAUCCGGAAGAAGCUAGACGACGAGGAAGGUGUUGUUGAUGAGUGAGCGAGCAUUAGGGGGAUCAUUUUGUGGUGUCCGGCAAUCAUGAAUUUCGAGCAUGGGCUGGCUUGCGUUGAUGAAGCAUUUGUACGGCGUAUGGGGGACUACUCGCAUUGCAAUGACCUGGUCCUCAGCACGGUGGAACGACUGCUAUGAUUGCAUGAUUAUUACGCGGGAUGGUUGCAGUGCAUUGUAUAUGAAGCAUGGGUUUGGCAUUUGCUAUUUUCUGAUACUGUAAUCAUCGCAUCAACACCGCAUCGGUGGUCGCUCUACUGUGUCCUUUAUUGUUUUCCUGGAGUCAAC